ACUAUCCACCAACAGAUUCCACGUGUCGAAAGCAUAUCCAACGAGGCUUCCCACUGCAUUUGAUGAUUACAGUUUCAAAACCAUUGCUUUAUGGUGACAAAGUGAGGUUCUUCAGAAAAUGGUGGCACCCAUUGCUGUUUCUUCUCCAAAGUCCACACUUUUGCAGAACCCCAUCUAUUUGGGUGACUCAUCUUCAAGUUGUUUUGGGGGAUCUUUGAAGGGUCUUUGCUUGCAUCAGUAACCAAGGCCAAAAAGAAGAGACGUUUCCAAUUUGGCUGUGGCUUCUGCUUCUGCCACCCCAAGUGUCUCAAAGAGCAAUUCUGGUGGCAGGUUUUACUUUAACAUCACUGGAUUUCCUUUCCCACUUGGUCCUUUUCUGAACAGGCGCACUAUUAGGACUGAGGCUGUGAAAGGUUGUAUAUGGCUAUUCGAACAAGAGCAGGCAUUAGGCUUCAGCAGUGUUUCCACAAACAUAAGAAUGACUGUUAUCAAACUCAAAUCUGGGGGCUUAUGGGUUCAUGCUCCCAUAGCACCAACUGAUGAGUGUAUUCAGCUUAUUAAGGAAUUGGGGGCUCCUGUUGAAUAUAUUGUCCUCCCCACUUUUGCUUAUGAGCACAAAGUAUUUGUUGGUCCAUUUUCUAGAAAAUUUCCCCUUGCUCAGGUGUGGGUGGCACCAAGGCAAUGGAGUUGGCCAUUGAACUUACCAUUGGAAUUCUUUGGUAUUUUUCGUGCUAAAACCUUGAAAGACAAUGAUUUAUCCACUCCUUGGGCUGGAGAAAUAGAGCAAAAGAUUCUAAGCUCACCAGAAGUUGGAAUUGGACCUUAUGUUGAGGUAGCUUUCUACCACAAACCUUCAAAAACACUAUUGGUGACAGAUGCUGUUAUUUUUGUCCCAAGACAACCACCUGAGUGUAUAAGCAAAGAAUCCUUGUUAGCAUCUGCGAAAAAUGGUUUGGCUGUGAAACUUCUCAGUAAAGGAAAGGAGGUACCUGAUGAACCUGUAGUUGACGACAAAAGGAACCGACAAAAAGGAUGGGAAAGAAUGGUCCUACAAAUCUUGUUUCUUGGUCCAUCAAAUCUUUUAGAACCCAAUGCAAGCUUUGCACAGAUGUCACAAAAGUUGAUAGUUUCACCAAUUGUUAAGACUCUGGUCUUCAGCAAAGUUCCUGAGAAGGUAAUACACUAUCUGUCAUAUAAUUUAUUUUCUAUUAAGAAUAUUUUGAUCUGGUUCUAUUUGAUGUAUAGCUAUUAGUUGACAACUAUCUGU